AAAGUGAGGAUAGCAGUUGGCUCUGAGUCCCUCUCCCCUCUCCUCUAAACUAUUUAAAGGCAGAGAGAGAAGAGGAGGCUAUCACUCUUCUCCCACCUCUGCUCCGACACUUUCGGCUAAAAUUUUGGGUGGCUGCAAAAAAAAAAAAAAAAAAAUGUAAAAAAAAAAAAAAAAAAUGGGGCUAAAAAAAUCCGCGUCCAAAAUUAGCAGUGAUUCGAUUCCUGACAGGCAUCGAAUUCCUUCUCUCCCUCUCCUAAUCCGACAUGGAAACCCUCUUCUCCAGCUCCUGGCCCCCAUGAUCUCUUUUGUCUCUAUUUCAUCCCUUGCCCCAUCCUCUAAGCUGACCGCUUUCAAGCGUUUUCUAGGGUUUCGAUUCCGGUACCCUAGAACUCGCUUCAAUUUUUUUUUUAUUAAUCUCAAGAAAGCCAAUUCGCAUUGUACAUUGUAUUUUAUGUUAUUGACAUAGAAUUAUAAAACAAAAACAAAACAACUACGAUCAAAACAAGUGGUUCUGGAGCUCUAUGUUCCUCUCCAUUGGUAGCUUACGGUGUGCUGGUAAGGCUACGAUCUCAGCCAAAUGGGGCUUAAAAUUUCAAAAAUGGGGCCAGGGAAGGCUGAAAACCCGAGUUUACUCCGUGUCCAACAUCAACUGAUCAAUUAUCUCUCCAGAAGUUUCUACAUACGUAACUUGGUAUCUAAGCAAAGGAGGCGAAUGCUAGUUGGUGGUUAUGAUCUUGACAUGUCAUAUAUAACAGAUCGUUUAUUGGCUAUGUCAUUUCCUGCAGAACGUAUGCGAUCAAUAUAUCGUAAUCCUCUCUGGCAGGUGAAGGAUGUGCUUGACAUGAGACAUCAUGGACACUAUAAGGUGUACAACUUAUGCAUAGAAGAAGCUUAUGAUCCAUUACAUUUUCAUGGCCGCGUGGAGAGGUUUCCAUUUGAUGACAACCAUGUCCCACCUCUCGGAAUGAUCAAGAAUUUUUGUGAAAGUGUGGAUUCUUGGCUUUCAAGUGACCCAAAAAAUAUCGCAGUUGUGCACUGCAUGGCCGGCAAAGGUCGGACAGGCUUGAUGGUAUCUGCUUACCUUGUUUAUAGUGGCAUGUCAGCAGAGGAGGCUCUUCAAGUGUAUGCACAUAAACGGACUACCAAUAAUGAAGGAGUCUCAAUACCAAGCCAACGGCGUUAUGUAGGGUACUGGGAGAAUACACUUUCUAUUCCUAGGGGAGUUGAUCAUGACCCUCCAUCUGUGAACUCGCCUGAACCAUGUAGCAGAGAAUUGGUUCGAAUUCGACUUUAUGACACGGUUAACACUGGCUCUGUCUUCUUUGUGGUCUCAGAGUUACAAGAGGUUCCUGGUCAGCGGUAUUGUCCACCUGUGGAAGUCUUUAAGAGUUGCUGCAGAGAAGUUAAAAAAGGUUGUGUGAGACCAAACAGCUCCCGGUAUUAUCUCUCUUUUGUUGAUCAAGGUGGAGAGGGGAAUCGAUCAGAACCAGUAGAACCUCAUCUGGUAGUCCAAAUGGACACAGAGAGUUCUGUACUGUACCAGAAAACCUGCCUCGACUAUUGUUUUGAAAAACCAAUAAAGCUUACUGGAGACGUGCGUGUCAUAUUUUAUGAAAAGAUGAUUGGAGGGCGUCUCUUCUAUGCUUGCUUCAAUACGGCUUUCAUUAGGAACAGCUUACUACAGUUUUCAGUGCGGGAUUUGGAUAAAAUUGGGAAAAAGGGUAAGUCAAUAUGUGGCCCUGCAUUUUGCUUGGAGUUGCUCUUUGGUCCUUCACGUGCAAACUACUUGUUCUCGGCUUCUUCUGGUGAUUUCAGUGAGGAUUAAAAUCCUUUCAUUAUUUGAAGAGAGUUUUAAUUGGUCAUUUGCACUCUAUUUCUACACUCAUCAUCCCUGUAAAAAAAAUUUCAUUAGGUGGUCCAUUGGACCUCCUCUUAAGCAGUGCUCUUAUACAUCCUGCUGUCUCACUGUCUAGUUUUUCGUUGGUGGAAGUCAAUAGGAAUAACAACUAACAAGAAAAAAGUUUUGUACUUUAGAAUUUGAUAAGCAUUUUACAGAGAAAGGUAUUUUUCUCCUUGUGGAUCCAUUUAACCCUCUUCGAACACUAUUCUAACCAUUGUUGGAUUGCACAUGUAUAAAAGGCAUACAGGUUUGCUUUCGGAUACAACUCUAUUCAGACCAUACAACACAAGUACUUAAAAAACAGUCUCAGUUUACAAGACUCCCACUACGGCAGUGUCUGGGAUCUGACUGGACAAUAUUAAUACACAUUAAUUUAUUUUUAGGACUUGACAGUUUAAUAGAGAUUUGAUUCUAGUUGGUGUCUACUUUGUAAUGUAGAUUGUGGUCAAGAUUCAUUCUGUGAAUCUUGUUGAUUGAUUACCUAUUUAGCUUAAGCUCAGUUUCAGUUCUCGACAAAUAAAUUGUGAACUCAAUUUCAUCCAUGCACAAUCUCAAAUUUUAAAUUUUCAGUUGAUUAUGUGAAAAAGUCAAAUAUGGUGGGUCAUGCCGAACAUUUUGUAGUUUUGAUACAUUAAUGUAAUGCAUUGUGAUGGUUAAUAAAAUGGCUCUUUUCAUGUUGCUUGUGCUUUGUUGUGCCCAUUUUUUCUUAGCUAGUUUACACAAGUUGUUUGCACAUUAGUGAUUGCUUGGGCACAUAUUUGCCUGUUUGGUGCAGCCUAGCUUUUUUUUCUUUUUCUUUUUCUUUUUUUCAGAGUUUGUGUCAAAGUAUUUGUUACAGUUUCUACUUACCGUUUGAGAUAAAAAAUAAUUUAAAUGAACUGAAAAAACUAAUUAUUUGGAAGCUGGAGGAGAGAUGUUUUUAGGCCUAGUUUGGCAUGUUUACAAAAAGCUAAAAAGUUACUAUCCUAUUUAAGUCACAUCAUCUUAUUUAAGUCACACCACCUCUCUAACACAUCACUUCAAACCUAACCCAAACUCAGCCCAUAUUUCAUAAAAAGUCAAAAAGUACACUUAUUUAGGACAUUCCAAACAACCCCUUAGUUUCUACUAUCUUAUUAUGAGCUUUUAACUUGAGAAAAGUUGUACCAAACAGGCUUAUUGGCUAUUUUGCGUUUGUUUGUCUUUCCAAAAACCCAACUUUGCUAGGCUAGUAUGGACUUCCUUUGCUAGCAGCACGUGUGUAUUUUGCAAACAUUUGUUGUGUGGAUCUAUGUAAAAGUUAAAAAAUAAAAAAUAAAUAAAAAUUAUCUAGUGGUAUGUUUUGUCUCAUAAAAUGGAUAUACCCAUUAGAUACUGGUUUAAAAUGUUUUUAUUUUACUAAAAAACAAUAUGUUGGCUUGCAAAAGAUUAACACAUGAACUAUUAAGGUUAUGUUUGAAUUUUGAAUUUAUGAAGGGAAAAUAAAUAAAAAGAGAAAGUGAGUAAAGUAUAAAUUAAAU